ACAAAAUGGUGGUGGGAUUUAUGCAUACUCAAGCGAAAUUGAAUUUGAUUCGAAGGUUACUACUGGUUGUAUAUUUAAUCAUCAGUUUGUCCUGUGUACAUGUAGUGACAUGGAACCUGUACUGUUUGUGAGUAUUAUAGAUCGAAAUGAUGCUCAAAAUGGAGGAGGUAUUUAUGCAGUCGCUUCAAACAUCAAGGCCUUUUCUCACGCUCACGUCCACAUCAAGUCAAACUCAGCAAACAAUAGCGGAGGUGGAAUUUAUUUACGACAAAGUUCUAAGAUACAUAUUCUGAAACAGGAUGUGGAGCUAGAGCUUGGUAAAACGCUGGUCAUACUAGAAAUCUACAGUAACACGGCUCAAUAUGGAGGGGGGAUAUUUGUGGCAGACAGUACUGAGAGUGGUGUGUGUAGAGGAGAGGAUGUAACUACUGCAGGAGAUCUGCCACAAACAGAGUGCUUCAUUCAAACUAUAGAUCUCUAUGGUUUUGAUAACAAUUCUAUUAAGGGUGUGAUACCUUUGAUCCAAGCUUUCUUUUCUUUAUUAAUGACUGGAUUUAAUGAAGAAGUUAAAUGUUUGAACAGUGCAAUCAAUAAUCGCAACACUUUUCUGACAAACAACACAGCUACCCAGUCAGGAGCAGAUAUUUACGGAGGUCUUUUGGACAGGUGUACGGUGGAUGUAUCAGCCGAACUCUCUUCAUCAGACAAUGGAUUUGAGUACUUGAACAAUACUGUGCAUUAUUCAUCAAUAGCUUCAAAGGCUGUCAGAGUGAAGUUGUGUAGCACCACCAACCAGACCAUUUCUGUUAGAAAAGGACAAGCAUUCACAAUAAGUGUUAUGGCUGUAGACCAAGUUGGAAAUCCAAUGAAUAAAGCCAUAAUUCACAGUUCUGUUAUAACUGAGAGCAGUAGAGUUGAUCGUCUCAAAGAAGGACAAGCACAACAAGAAGUUGGCAAUCAGUGCACAGAAUUAGAGUACAAUGUAUUCUCACAAGACAGCUCUGCUCAAGUGGAACUCUAUGCUGAUGGUCCAUGCAACAAUUUGGGAAUUUCAAGACAAAUUCUAAACAUCUCUUUUCAAAAGUGUGAAUGCCCUAUUGGACUCCAACCAAUCAUGUCCUCAAUUGAGUGCAAGUGUGACUGUGAUCCAGUGUUGCAACAAGAAUAUCAGAUAACAAACUGUUCUGAUGAAAAUGAGACCAUAAAAUUGGAAAGUAAUAACAACAUAUGGAUAGGAGUGACUAAUACCACUAACGGAAGUGCAUGGGUAUGUUGUUAGUAACUGUACAUUUGACUAUUGUGUACUAAAACCAGUCAACAUCAAUCUAAGCAACCACCCUGACGAACAGUGUGCCUACAAUCGAAGUGGUGUCUUGUGUGGAGAAUGUGAACC